AAGAGGCUCAUUGGUAGGAGAUUUAGUGAUAAAUCUGUCCAGGCUGAUGUCAAGCUCUGGCCCUUCAAGGUUGUUCCGGGACCUGGAGACAAGCCUAUGAUUGUUCUUCAGUACAAGGGUAAGGAGAGGCAGUUUUCAGCUGAAGAGGUAUCCUCGAUGCUUCUCAUCAAAUUGAGGGAGUUUGCAGAAGACUACCUUGGCACCACCAUCAGGAAAGCUGUUGUCACUGUCCCUGCGUGCACCACCGACUCACAGAGGCAGGGCACCUGGGAUGCUGGAGCGCUCGCUGGUCUCAAUGUUAUCCGUAUCAUCCCUGAGCCAACUGCUGCUGCCAUAGCUUAUGGUCUUGACAAGAAGGCUACUAGAUAUGGUGAAAAGAAUGUUCUCAUCUUCGACCUUGGAGGUGGUACCUUUGAUGUCUCUAUUCUAAUCAUCGAGGAGGGAAUUUUUGAGGUCAAGGCCGUAGCUGGUGACACUCACCUUGGAGGUGAGGAUUUCGACAACCGUAUGGUCAACCACUUUGUUCAAGAGUUCAAGACAAAGAAUAAGAAAGGCAUAAGUGACAACCCCAGGGCUCUCAGGAGGCUUAGGACUGCCUGCGAGAAGGCCAAGAGGACCCUCUCCUCAGCUGCGCAAGCCACCAUUGAGAUCGACUGCCUAUAUGAAGGCAUCGACUUCUACUCAACCAUCACCAGAACCAGGUUUGAGGAACUCAACAUGAAUCUCUUCCAGAAGAGCAUGGAGCCUGUUGAGAAGUGCCUCAGGGAUGCUAGAAUGGACAAGAGCUCCAUUCAUGAUAUUGUGCUUGUUGGUGGCUCCUCUAGAGUUCCAAAGGUUCAGCAUCUUCUUCAGGACUUCUUCAAUGGGAAGGAGCUUUGUAAGAGCAUCAACCCUGAUGAGGCUAUUGCCUACGGAGCUGCUGUCCAGGCUGCCAUCUUGUCUGAAAAGGACUAUGACAAUAAGAAUUCGAAGAUCCUCGACCUCCUUUUGUUGGAUGUUACCCCUCUUUCUCUUGGUUUGGAGACACCAGGUGGUGUCAUGUCUGUGCUGGUUCCAAGAAACACCACCAUCCCCAUAAAAAAGGAAAUGAUAUUGAACGAAAAACAGAUGAUCUUAUCUACUGACUCCAAUAACCAGACUACCAUUCAUAUCCAUGUCUACGAGGGUGAGAAGACCAGAACUCGUGACAACAACCUGCUGGGCAGGUUUGAGUUCUGCGUUCCUUCUGCACCCAGCGGUGUUCCACAGCUCACUGUUACCUUCGAUCUGGACGUCAACGGCAUCCUUGUUGUCUCCGCUGAGGACAAAACCACCGGCAAGAAGAAGAAGAUAACUGUCAACAAGAGAUUUUAUAUUACAAAGUGAGAUCUGUUACAGAUCAGUAAUGAGUACGUAAUCAGUAAUACUGUAGAAAAACAUUAUUUAAUCAGAAACAAUGAUGGUAUCCUGGAGUGAUUGGUGUAAUGUGGUUAAGAUGUGCAGAACUUCGUAACUUUGUUGUUAUUGGGAUAUGAAUUUAGAUUUACCUCUUGU